UGAGACAAGGAAUUAAUAAUAAUCCUUGUACGCCAAAACUAGCUUCCAAAUAUUAUAAUAUAAAAUCACAAGAGUUACCUUCUGUUGAACCCAAAGAGGACUAUUCAACAAGUCAGAACGACUUACAAAAGUUCAGUUUUUCCCCAUCUUGUGGUAUACAACAAAGAUUACAAGCAAAUGCGGGACUGCAAAGGGAACAAGAAUUGCCUUCCUUUGCCGGAAAAACAGUUAAAGGUUGUUCUUCUCCAAAGGAAAAAAGUGGCGAUUCUGAGAGUCGAAACGUUAAGCAUUCAAAUAAAAGGAAGGGACAACAGAGUCCUAUUACAAACUACUUCAAAGAGAGGAAAACCUUUCAAGCAAAGGAGGCCGUGAAUGCUGAACCAGUCAAUGCAAACAGAGAAACCUCACAGGAAAAUCAAACUAGUAUUGUUAAAGUCUUAACAAUGAAUCCAACACAAAGAGAGGAAUUCAAACAAAGCCUUGAAUCAGCAGAAGAAGUUGCUUGCACCCUAAUUUAUGAGAACGGGUCGUCAUUACUAAGACCAACGAAACAAAAAACAUUGAAACAAGCGGAUGACCUCUGUGGCAAAAAGGUUGCUGGGAUGGUUGUCGCAUUACCAAGGUCUGAGAAAGCCACCUCAGGUGCCGUUGAUCACUCUGAACAGCGCCGUAAAAGUCAACUGAUUAUAGUGGAGAUUCCUCUAGACACGCAGGAUGGCGAUAUGAAAAAAUGGUGCAGGGCGGUGCUACACGAUUUAAUGACGUCAUCGAAAAGAAAAAUGUGCUACGGUGCGCAAAUUAUUGUACGCUAUUUGAUAGAGACUGCAUAUGCUGACAUCAGAACAGUGUGCCUCAAGUGGCGUCUUCUUGACCCAAAAAUAGCAGCUUGGCUUCUUAAUCCUGACCAUCCUCCCCAGACUUUUGCUGAGGUUCUAACCUCUGCACAGCUGAGCCUACCCGAGGGGGGAAAGGAAGAUGAUUGUAUGGUUUGUCGCGAUAUUGCGAUGCUUGGGCCUGUUAUGGUGAAACAAUAUAGCAUGCUUAAGGCACUAUCACUUUGGGAUUUGUUCAUCAAUUUGGAGACGCCCGUUUGUUCGAUGUUAGCAGUAAUGGAGACCCAAGGAAUCAACAUUAAUACUCAAGUUUUGAUCGAGGCGAGCAAUAUUCUCAAGAUGAAAAUUCAAAAGGUGGAAGUAGAAGCUCAUAAGGCUGUAGGACAUCCUUUUCUGAUCAACAGUCCUCAACAGCUAAGGGAGGUGUUGUUUGAGGAGUUGUACCUGGAUCAAAAGUGCAAUAAGAAGCUUGCACGAACCUCCAUCAAAAAUUACAAGUCUACAUCAGAAGCUGUGUUACUUCACCUGCAGGAGUUCCACCCUUUACCAAAACUUGUGCUGCAAUACCGUCACCUCGCUAAAUUGAAGUCGACGUACUUCGAGGGAAUUCUUUCCCAUAUCAAUGAGGGAGUGCUGUCGACAAACUGGGACCAGACGGCUGCGGCCACUGGACGACUGACCUCAGCCAAUCCAAAUCUUCAGUCUAUCCCAAAACAAGCAAUAGAAAUUUCUGGAAUAAAGAAACAGCUCAUCGUUGGUAAACCAGAGGAGGUAGUGACAAUCUAUGCGCGGGAUGCUUACAGAAGCAGAGAAGGCUGGCUGUUACUUGCAGCAGAUUUUCAAUCAAUUGAACUACGCCUGUUGUCUCACCUGUCAGAAGAUCCUUCACUGGUUCAAAUAUUCAAUGACAAGCAGUGUACUGACGUAUUUACAACGCUUGCCUCACAAUGGUUGGGGAAAAGUUGUAAAGAAAUCCAAAUCCACGAGAGAGAAAGAACUAAGCGAAUUGUUUACUCAGUAAUCUACGGUGUUGGAAGUGACAAACUUGGACAAACUCUCAAAGUGAGCGCAGAGAAGGCAAAGGGAUUUAUGGACAGCUUUCUAGGGCGAUUCCCUCGAAUAAAAGAAUUUACCAGAAGUAGUAUUGAAAGUUGUCAGAGAAACGGUUAUGCGUCCACGAUUCUUAGCAGAAGACGGUGGUUGCCACAUAUUAAGUCCUUUGACUUUAUUCAACGGUCGCAGGCUGAGCGACAGGCUGUUAACUUCAUCGUUCAAGGUUCAGCCGCGGACAUUUGUAAAGCAGCCAUGAUACAAGUCGUGAAAGCUGUCUGUAAGGACCCUUCUGUGCACGCAAGAUUACUCCUACAAAUACACGAUGAGCUCCUUGUAGAGGUUCCGGAAGAUGAAAUCAACAAAGUGGCAGCAUGCAUCAAAUCGAUAAUGGAGUCUACAGAGGAACUGCUUGGUAGCAAAGUAAAGCUGAAGGUACCCCUACCCGUGACUCUCAGUAUUGGAAAGACGUGGGGACACAUGGAAACCUUCUCUAUCUGAGUUCCUUCAGACGAUAACCUAUCACGCCUAUGAAAAUAAAUAAAAUGGAUGGCGUUUUACUCAUCUUGACUCCAUAACCUACUGGAAGUUACAAUGCACUGUUUACUUCUUAUCGCGCUGCUUUAUAUUUUUUGUGCAAAUUUUCGUUGUCAAUAAUCCGAUGUUAGGCUGAUGUUCGGGAUUUUAUCCCAUCGAGAAAAGAGCGGACUAUUGGACUAAUACACUGAUUUCUUCUCAUUAGGCA